CCCCCCCCCCUUCUCCCGUGCUUCUCCUGUCCGCGCAGCCCUUUAUUGUGCCCCCGCUCGCCUUCCGCCUCCCACCACCACCACCACCUACCCACCCACCGAACACCAGCCCCCAUCUUCCUGACUUGCCUCCUCAGCCAUUUCCUUGCCCCACCUUCCGCCAUGUCCCAGCCUGAGACCGUUAGUGCCACCGCCGCGGCCCGUGUGGCCGACCAGACUAUUGUCCCCAGCACUGAGGGGCUGGUGACCAUCUGGAACCGCUGCAUCUACCGGCUAGCUACGCAGCCACUGUACGGCAUGGCCUUCGGCUUUGCUGCGUCCCUGGCCUUCUUCCGCAGCUCUCGCGCCCCGGUCAUCUUUGGCACCGGUGUCGGGCUCGGCCAUGCGAUCCACGCCUGCACGGAUGAUUUGCGUUUCGUGGCCACGCGCCCGGUGGCCGAGGUGGCCGCGCAGAAUGCCGCCGAGACUGCUCGUGAGGUCCUCAUCCCACAGGCGCGCGCGACUUUUGCCUUCCUCCGGGAGCAGCUCGAUAAGAUGCAGGCCCAGGCGGCCGCACGCUCGGCCGCUGCUGCUGAGGCCGCCACCGCCGCUGCCGCUCCCACUGAGGUCCCCUCUGUGGCCGCCGCCAUCAACGCCACCGAGCAGGCCACCGAGCCGGUGGUCGCCCUGUUCACCGAGUCGGCCAACUCGGAGGCCGUCCCAGUUGAGGAGGCUGUCAGCACCUAUGAGGUUGUGGUUGAGGCCCCGGCCGAUGCUGCCUCGGACAGCGCGUAAGCUAGACUGGAAAGUGCUUGUGCGCGGCCCCUUCAUUUGCCUUCUUUCCGGCCCCACAAACACACACACACACGCACGUACGCGCGCGCGCGCGCGCG